AUUGAAGUGAGGCAAGUGUACGUUUUCUCGCUCUAAUCUUUUACAUUAGUUCAGUAGUGUGCAGUUACAAAGAACAGAUCUUUAAAUUAUAUCGUGUAGAGAUUUUCUUUGGUACCAUUAUCCCCUCCAUUUUUCGGGAAACUAUCGCCUAACUUCCUGCAGACCUUUAAUUGCUAUAAUAAAUUUACUGAGCUUUUUAAAAUUGAUCAUUUUCAUAUCCUAUAUAGCACAAAUGUCCGAAAUACAUCCCAAAGACAUCCCAGAGAUAUCACAUUGUCUCUGGAAUGUCUGGGAUGUAUUUCAGAUAUUUGGUGCUUUUGGAUAUAUGAGUAUAUUUUUCAACGAUCUCAUUAACAAUGAUAAUUUUGCGACAUAGUUCACAUUGUAAUCAUCGAUAACGGAAAUAUGUAACUCUUUCCUACGCAGUGAUUUUUCCACAAAGUAAGGACUUACUAUUUCAAUUUAGUCAGUGUCGUGAAAACAACAAAUCACUCAUUUAUAAAAACAAGAAUUUCGAGAUAUAUAAUGCAGCAAGCAAGAAUUCUAUAAAGAAGUAGGAGAAAAGAUCUUUGAACGUGAUAUAAUAGAAAAGAAUCUGCUGUAUCAGCUUCAUUUCCUUAACAGAAUAUUGCAUACUGCAUAUUAUUGAGUUACACACAAGUGUAAUCAGUACAAUGGCAAAAAUGGAACAACAUUCUACAGAGCUAAAACUCAAUGUGCCUUGGGGUCAUGUCGUUGCAAAAGCCUAUGGCUCAUCCACAGGAAAGUUUGUCUUAGUGGUGCAUGGUUUGCUGGAUAACCUGGGAUCGUUCACUAGACUAAUAAAGUAUUUACCAAUGGAACAUUAUUAUGUAUGCAUAGAUUUACCUGGCCAUGGACGUUCGUCACACUUUCCAUCCUGGAUGACUUUGGAUUUUUUUAGUUUUAUACAUGCGAUAUACUAUAUCCUAGAAGCUCUACAAUGGAAAACAUGUAUUUACUUAGGUCAUAGUCUGGGUGCGCAACUUGGUAUAGCUUUUAGCGUUAUUCAUCCUCAUAGAAUUGAGAAAUUAAUUGCUCUCGAUGGACUCAUCCCAAUAUUUGCUCAAACAGAAGAAACAUUUAUGGAGAGUUUUAAAGAACUAUUUACAUUACCAAUAGCAGCUAACAGUAACUCAAAAAUAACUUUAUACACCAAAGAAGAAAUAUUAUAUGCUCUGAAAAAUAUGAGAUUUUCAGUCUUAAGUUCAGAUGCUGCAAAAGCUAUGUUCGAUCGUGCUGUUACAGAAGUAAACGGAAAGUACAAAUAUAACAGAGAUAUGCGAUUAAAAAGGAAAAUACAUACAUUGUUAGAUUUGAAGGGUUUAAUCUAUAUCCUUCGUGCUCUUUCAGUUCCAUUGUAUCUCUUUAUUGGAUCUCAAGGUAUACAAUUAUAUUUUCGUGAAAUGAGUAAAGUAGUGGAAUCAAUAAAUCCUAAAAGCUUGUCUCAAUUAUCUUAUAUAGAGGGAAAUCAUGAUUUUCAUAAUAAUUAUCCUGAAAGAGUUGCGCCAUUUAUAUGUCAAAUAUUGUGUGAAAAUUCUAGUAAAUUGUAAGUAAUGAUUAUUCUUGUAAGUAGCUGGGAUACAUAAACUAUUCAAUUGUUUACUUAAUAAAGAAUCAUUAAAGAUUCAAAUUAAAAGAUUAUAACUUAUGCUGCUAUUUUCCUAUGGAAGCAGGCAUAUAAAAAAGUAUUCCUUAACAAUAAUGUGUUGUUAUAGUUGUUAUAUAAAAAAUAGUUACACAAGAUUUGUUUAUAUAAAAAGAAUAGUAUAUUAUAAAAAAUCAAGUUUAAUAAAAGAUUGUAUACAAAAUUGUAAAAUAGUUUAUUUUUUUUUUGUAGAUUUUUACAAAUGUAAUAUUGCGAUUUUUACCAAACCUUUCAUAUGAUGGACUUUAAUUUUUACUUCUUGAUUUCUUAAAAUAAUAUCUU